CUACAGCGCUGGGAUCAGCGCGUGCGAGAAGGGUGGGCAGUGGCAGCCGGCGUUGGCGCUGCUGAGGGAGAUGUGGGAGGCGAAGGUUUUGGCCGACGCAUCAGCUACAGCGCUGGGAUCAGUGCAUGCGAGAAGGGCGCACAGUGGCAGCGGGCACUGGCGCUGCUGAGCGAGAUGGGCAAAGCGAGGCUGGAGCCCCACGUCAUCAGCUACAGCGCUGGGAUCAGCGCGUGCGAGAAGAGCAAGCAGUGGCAGUGGGCUCUGGCGCUGCUGAGCGAGAUGUGGGAGGCGAAGCUGGCGCCCGACGUCUCAGCUACAGCGCUGGGAUCAGCGCGUGCGAGAAGGGCGAGCAGUGGCAGCGGGCUUUGGCGCUGUUCAGCGAGAUGA